AUGUCUGUCCCUGUACGCUACUCUGCUGCCGCCGAAUACGCCGUCGUUGAUAGUGGUUUGGAUAAUACUCUAACCCAAGAAGAGCAAUACCACAGACAACAACAGCAACAGCAGCUCCAGCACCAGCAACAGCAAUACGAACAGCAGCAAUACCAGCAACAACAAUACGAACAGGAGCAGCAGGAGAUUCUAUUGUAUUGCCAAUUGCAAGAGCAGCUGGAGCAGUUGAUGCAGCAGAGGUCAUCGAUGUCGUCGUCGUCGGGAAUGCCAGGACUUGAAUUGCCCAUCAACAUCAACAACAACAACAUCAUCAAUAGCAACAUCGCCGCCAGCAACAGCAACAUUAACAACAACAAUAUGGAUGCAGUUAGCAUUAAUGCUAUCCUGGUCGAUGAUGAGCAGCCCUCAACAUCGGCACAGGCUGCAGCAGCGGCGGCGACAGCAAUGUUGGUUGGUGGCAACAACAAAUCGGGCAUUGACAACAACGCAGAGAUGCCAACUGAUUGGAUGAGGAUUGCGAACGAGGGCCGGUAUGGGACACCGGGUGCUGCUGGCUUGGAAUAUCAAAAGUACGAACAACAACAACAGCAGCAACAGCAAUCACUGGAAGCCGAAGCUGGUCCAGCAGCAGCAGCAGCAGCUGAGCCAACAACAGCACUGAAGAAACUUGAGGAUCAAUUGCAUGCACUCACCUCCGAUGAAUUGUAUGAGACCCUGAAGGAGUACGACGCACUGCAGGACAAAUAUCAUACCGUGCUGCUACUACCCAAAGAGUCGAGGCGUGAGGUGACUGCAGGAGGUCGCGAUGGAUCGGCGUAUGUGCUGCGUUGCCUGAAGAUGUGGUACGAGCUGCCGUCUGAUGUGCUUUUCUCAGCCAUGAGCCUGGUUGAUCGUUUCCUCGAUCGCAUGGCCGUCAAGCCCAAGCAUAUGGCCUGCAUGAGCGUUGCCUCCUUCCAUUUGGCCAUCAAGCAGCUGGACUUGAAGCCCAUUCCUGCCGACGAUCUGGUUACAAUAUCUCAGUGUGGUUGUACCGCUGGCGAUCUGGAGCGAAUGGCCGGCGUGAUUGCCAACAAGCUGGGUGUACAGAUGGGACAUGCACCCAUCACUUCAGUGAGCUACCUGCGCAUCUAUUACGCACUCUUCCGCAAUCUGGCGAAGGAGAUUGGCGGUGAUUUCUUCAAGUUCUAUCAGCAGCUGAUCAAGCUCGAAGAGCUAGAGAAUCGCCUGGAGAUCUUGUUGUGCGAUGUCAAGACAACGGUGAUUACGCCCGCCACACUGGCGUUAGUUCUCAUCUGUCUGCAUCUCGAUUUCCACAUCAAGGAGUCCUACACCCGCGGCAGCCCUGAGCUCAAGCAUGUCUUUGAGUACAUACUCUUCCUGCAGCAAUACAUGAGGAUUCCCGAUCGCGUUUUCACCUGCGGUUUUAGCAUUGUCUCGGGCAUUCUGUCCCAUUACAACGGUCAGAAUAAGGCGCCCUACAAGCAGCGGCUUGUCUGGAAACUUUCCAGUCGCACGCUGCGCGUCCUGCGCCCGACCAAUCGCUUCUCAUCGGAUUUGCCCACCAUCGAGGAAGGCAUUUCGAAUGCUCUAGAUGACGGCCUGCGUUCAAGAACCGAGAGUAUUAGCUCUGAGGAGGAGGAGGAUUGGCCAACUUCACCCAUUAUUCCAAUUUUCGAACAAUGUUAGUAGUACCCAGCAGCAAGUAAGCAGCAUCCAAGCAAAAGCAGCCCCCAAAAGGAAAAACCAACGGACAACAAUUGGCGGGGCCAGAUUUGAUUUGAUUGAACAGCAGCAGCAGCAGCAACAGCAGACAGCAAGCAAGCAAAGCAGAAAGCAAACAGCAGCAGCAGGAAUCAUCCAUUUGACACACACUACACUACACUACCCAAGCAAAUCUGUGGCAGCAGCAACAACAGCAGUAACAAUGUUGCAGCAAAACAAAAACAUCAGACAUAUCCACCACGACUCCAA